CGUUUAAACGGCCUCUCCGGCUUUCUUCUUCUUCGCCUCCCGCAGACGCUCGCGCGUGAUGAGGGGGCGUGGUCCGUUCGCUCUUGAUCGAGCUUCCGCAGCUUCCGCUCUCUCUCUCUCUGUCGUCACACAUGUAACACAACAUGGCCCCUGCCAGCCGGUCUGUUGUUGUGGUCGCGCUCUCACUGCUGUACCUGAGCCGGACCAUCUUCUCCUCGGAGUAUUUCUCCACCCUCACUUUGUUCAACAAUGAGCUCCACAAGCAGGGAUGCAGCUCGCUGUCCGAGUGGGAAGAGUACGCGGCCGACUGCGAAUCCUCCAUUUUACAGUUGGAAGACCCAGACUGCGAGGAGGGAAGCAACCCACCCUGCGAGUCAGUCUUCUCACUUAACGCAGAGAAGAUCCUGAACCAAGCCAAGUUGUUUAUAGAACAGAAAAAAAUCCCCUUUCCUGUAGAUGACCCCAACACAAACGAAGAACUUGCUAUAGGCUACGUUCUGAUAGGCAACGGCCUUUAUGACGAAGCCAUCAAACACUUCUCACUCUUACUUCAGGGCGACCCCGAGCUGGUCAGUGCCAUCUACGGGAGAGGGAUAGCUUAUGGGAAGAAAAGUCUCCAGGACAUAAAGAAUGCUGACUUGGCGUUGUACGAGCUCAACAGAGUCAUAACCCUGGAGCCGAACUGGCCGGAGGUCUACGAACAGAGAGCAGAGAUCCUGUCUCCUCUGGGCCGGAUCAGUGAGGCUCUGAGUGAUCUGACCAAAGCCAUCCAGCUGCAGCCCUCAGCCCGUCUCUACAGACACAGAGGGACGCUGCUCUUCAUUUCAGAGGACUACGUGGCAGCCAUGGAAGACUUCCAGCAGUCUUUGGAGCUGAAGAAGAAUCAGCCCAUCGCCAUGCUGUAUAAAGGCCUCACCUUCUUCCACAGAGGAAUGCUCAAGGAGGCCAUAGAGACAUUCAAAGAGGCACUGAAGUUGAAGUCUGACUUCAUAGAUGCCUAUAAGAGCCUUGGACAGGCCUACAGAGAGCUGGGGGAUUUUGAAUCGGCGAUGGAGAGCUUCCAGAAAGCCCUCAUGUUGAACCAGAACCACAUCCAGUCCCUCCAGCUGCGAGGCAUGAUGCUGUACCACCACGGCUCGCUGCAGGAAGCCAUAGGCAACUUCAAGAGAUGUCUUCAGUUGGAGCCCUACAACGAGGUGUGUCAGUACAUGAAGGGGCUGAGUCACGUGGCGAUGGGACAGUUCUACGAGGGCAUCAAGGCUCAGACUAAAGUCAUGUUGAACGACCCUCUGCUGGGCCAGAAGGCCAGCUCCGAAUACCUCAAAGUUAAAUACCUCAGAGAGUACUCUCGCUACCUGCACUCCCACCUCGACAUCCCAGUAGUCGAGUACAACGUGGACCAGGACUUACCUGGGAACUUUAAGAACCACUGGGCCAAAAACCUGCCUUUUCUAAUAGAAGACUAUGACGAACAGCCCGGCCUGCAGCCCCAUAUCAAGGACGUGCUGCCGCAGAACUUCGACAGCUACAGCAGUGAAGUUCAAAAGCUGAUCUGCUCAGCCGACCACCUGGGGGCGCUAAUGCAGUACGACACUCCUGGCUUCUUACCCAACAGGAGAAUACACAGAGCCAUGGGUUUAGCAACCCUGGAGGUGAUGCAGGCCAUUCACCGAACAUGGAGCAACUCCAAAGUGCGAGUCAACGGCAAGACCAGGCAAAUGCAGUGGAGAGACAUGUUCGAUAUAGCUGUGAAAUGGAGGAGGAUCGCGGAUCCAGACCAGCCGGUUCUGUGGUUGGACCAGAUGCCCGCCAGGAGCCUCAGUCGAGGCUUCAACAAUCACAUCAAUCUCAUCAGGGGACAGAUUAUCAACAUCAGGUACCUGGCGUACUUUGACAACAUCCUCGACUUUAUCAAAGACAGAAUACUGGUGUACCACGGGGCGUACAACCCCAGAGGACUUCUAGAGGUCCGUCAAGCUCUUGAAAAUGUGAAUAAAGUAGAAGACCUGCUUCCUAUAAUGAAGCAGUUCAAUAGUAAAACCAGAGAUGGCUUCACGGUCAACUCCAAGGUGCCGAGCGUGAAGGAUCCUGGGAAAGAGUACGAUGGUUUCACCAUCACGAUCACUGGAGACAGGGUGGGCAACAUGUUGUUCUCAGUCGAGACUCAGACGACGGAGGAGCGGACGCAGCAGUACCAGUCGGAGAUCGAGUCCAUCUACAAAGACCUCACCGCCAAAGGGAAGGCGUUGAUGCUGUCCACUGAACUCGGGGAUGCAGAUGCCGUGUGUAACCUAAUCCUCUCGUUGGUGUAUUACUUCUGCAACCUCAUGCCCCUCUCCAGAGGAUCCAGCGUGGUGGCCUACUCGGUCGUGAUGGGGGCGCUGAUGGCCAGUGGGAAGGAGAUCAUCGGCAGGAUCCCGAAAGGAAAGCUGGUGGACUUUGAGGCCAUGACCACACCCAGUCCGGACAGCUUCAGUAAAACGGCAAAGACCUGGAUGAACCUCAAGAGUUUACCGGGUUGGUACCAGAGUCUUCCGUCUGUCGCGGAGACCUUCCCGUCCACCAGAACCAUGAUCGAGGUCCUCAACACAGACUCGUCUUCGCACUGCCCGAAGAAGUCCUAACGCGACUUCUUGAUCGAGUCUUAAUUAAUAAAAGCUUCCACACGCCGUCUGCACCCCAAACCAAACUGGAUCCAGUUCUCCAAAAGCCUCUCGGCUUUAGCGGUAAUUGUUUACAUUUUUAAUUGGAAGGAAUUUGGCGAUAUUGGUACAAAUUCUAAACAUUAUUUAAAGAGGCUUUGUGAGGAGUUUUUUUUUUUUUUGGGAAAGCUAGAAUGAAUCUUUUUUUAUUUAUUUUUACCCCUCCACGUCCUGCCCCGUUCUGUCAUCCUCCGCCACACGUGACUCUAAACUGAGUUCAUAGAAGAAGAAUAGAAUUCUUCCGCCACCUCGACUGGAUGCUUGUUGUCACGAAACGUGAAGCUUGACUACAUGAACUCUAAUUAUUAUGAAAAGAUCCAUUUGCCAAUUCUUCAGCACCACGACAAACAAACCGACUAUCAACACAUUUCACUCCUUCUGACAAGAAAACAGUAAUUUGACCUCUUUUGAACCCAGAAGUUGCUCCAUCGGUUAGUUAGUUAGUGUUCUUAUGUGAAUUUGGUGAAUCCGAUCCAAGCGAUGGAUAAACAGCAAUAUUUAUUACAUUUAGUUCAGCAUGUGGCCAACUGCAGCCGGCAACGUCCAGGCAGACCUUUAUUUUUAUUUUCCAGGUCUCAAUUUGUUUUUAUAUUAGAAUUUCACCUCACAGAACACAUUUAAUCAUGUUCAUAAAGUUCAAUAUUGAAUCAAACUUUUGUUCGAUUCUGCUUCAUCGGCAACGCCAAACGGCCAACGCACACAGUCCACAAUCUCAUGAUGCAUCAUCCCAGUGGAAUCUGUAGCUUCAGAUUACCCAGAACUUUCAUUUGGAUGCUCGUUUGUUGUCUGGUAUUUAAAACCAAUUUUUUUUUAUAUUCAAGUUUUUAAUUGGCACUUUCAAACAUAUUUUUUAACCACUGCUGUGCACACAUGCACACACACACACACACACACACACACACACACACAGUCCAGCCAAUCGGCAGAGAAGGAGUCUCGGGACAUUUUGGAAACCUUCAGGAGUUUUGAAUUCCAUUCUGGAUACUUGCAGCAUCUCUUUUUAUCGGUUCUCCCGACACUUCCUCUGACCGGGUCUGUUUGGCCACUGAGGGGUCGGCGUGAGGUGGACGGGCUGCUGAACUAGUGUGAAAGCAACGGUCAGAGAUUUUUAGAGAUUCUUCAGAGAGCCACUUGUUGUUUUUGUGACGUAAAGUCCUCAAAAAGAGUGAAUUGAUUAUUUUAUUAACAGAAGACAGUCGGAUGAAAGGUUGAUCAUUUGAGUGACUCAUCAAGCACAAAUACCAAACAUGUUCCGUUGGUCCUGAGUUGUAUGUUAUUUUAUAAAUUUAAUACAUUUGGGACAACAACAAAAAUUGGACCAGCUGAAGAAAUAAAUAUAUAUAUAAAGUAUUAAUUUCUGUGGAAUUGAUGACUCGUAAGUUCAUGAAAAGAGGAACAAAAACUCUGAUAUUUUAUAGAUUAAGUUAUACUCUUUGAAUAAUUAAUUUGUAAUGAAAAUAAACAAGUUACAGCCCUGGCUUAAUGUUCUAAUCUCGCUCUGAACUGAGGCGGCGACGCUCUCUAAAUACGCAUCAUAAGAUGUAUUGGCCGACAUGUCUCAAAGUGAAUAAAGUCAAAGUAGAGGCAGCCUGGUUCUGUCGGAGUGGGAUUUGAACAAAGUACCCUUUUUAAUUUUCAAGUAAAUACAAAAAACAACGACUCCUGAAUGUUCUCUGACCUCUCUGACCUUUGGGUCUCGUUAGUCGUAGGUGAAGGACGCCGCACUCGGCUCUCGUCUUCCCAUCAUGUCUUUCGCCAUCUGCACACACAAAUUCUUUAAAAAAAUAAUGUUUUUUUCUCUCCAUAUUUCAAGAUAAAAUGGCGUAUUCUUACAAGGAAGAUUAUUUGAUUUAAUAUGAAUGAAAUGUGAUGUUUACAACCUUUUACGAAACAAAAAUACUUGAUUGAUACCGCGGCUACAUUAGCCGGUGUGUUCUGUGUCUAACUCGUGCGUCACAAGGAGGAAACCAGCGAGGCCGGUGACUCCCCCGGGACGAUGACCGAGUCCUUUUGAACAAAUUUCAGCCAUUUUUUCCUUCCCUCUAAUUAGAGUUUUGAUGAAUAAGCUGCCUCGAACGCAAAAGUAUCGUCACUGACGGCUAUCUCAACGGUGCAGUAGUUCUUAAUCGAAUGUCCUUUUUUCUUUUUUUAAAUUCUGAUAUCCACAAAGUAAGAACAAAUUGAUCCGUUUAAAGGCAUAUCAGAUUCAUUUGCUGCAUUACUGACAUUCUGCCUCUUGUCGUUCAUAUCGGUGUCAUUUCCUUUCCUUUGUCUUUGUUUGCACUGGCGACCCAGCCAUGAAGUGCUAUGGUGGGAUCGGAAAGCUUAAAACUUGAAGGAGGGAUUUUGUUUUUUGUCUCUUUUUUUUAUUGAAUGAGUGACUGAAUGUUCAGUAGUCAAUAAAACUGGUUGACAAUUUUAA